AUCCCUCCUCUUCAACACUUUCGGGCCCAUUGUAGCCACCAGACCCUUUUAAUAGGACUGCCAGCUCUCUCCAACCAUAUUUUUGCUUUGACACACGACCCUGCCGCCUUUCUCUUUGCACUCGCAGCCGAGCCCACGCUUCCUGCCCAGAGUGCCCUGACCCAUCGUACCACCGCCUCCGCCUCCGUCAACAACACAACGGAAGGCACCGGCCUCCCUCUCAACACCCACCCACCCACAACUUUCGGUCCUUCGAAAGCCUCAAAACCCUCUCGACUCCCUUCCCAGAUCGAGUCGACCGUCAAUCCCGACGUCAUCGCAGCUUUCGCUAGCUGUGACCCCAAGAGUCGCUUUUCCUACCCGCUUCCCACCCGAGCGAGCUUUGCAAGCCGUUCCUUCACCUAUAUCUACUUGUUAUAGUAAUUCUUGUAAUGCACCCUACGCCCUAAGGCCCCUCCACAACCACAACCCAUUCGACCCGCUUCUUUGACUUGUUCGAAGCCGACCGGAUGCCUUACACUCCCCCUUCCCAGAGGUCGCCGGCCCCCUCCAUGACCAGCAGCCCUACCCUAAGCCGGAAUCAUUCCUACAUCGACCAGCCUCCCCGCUCACCAGCGACCUCGCGACGCCCAUCGCUGCCCCGCUCCGUCUCAUCCACAUCAUAUCUGGCAAAGUCGCGGCGUACGCCAUCGUUUGAGACGUCGGACAACACAGCUGCCAAUGGCAACUCAACAAAGACUAGUGUGACCAAGACUGAGGCUAGCCAGCAUGGCCCUUCCUCCAACGGUAGCCUUCGCCCGUCUCCUCCUCCUGUGAACAAUCUUCUGAUUCCAUCAGGUGCGAUCACAACUCCUCCUGACUCCUCGGACGACGACGAGCGCGGCCGUAGCAUGGCCGACCUUCGGGAACUGCAAGAAGCACUACAACACAUUGACGUCAAGAGGAUGCCAUCACCAUCACGAGAGGCCACGGAGAAUGUCAACGACCGGAGGCCACAACCACCUGUGACACUGGCACGUUCGCUCUCCGCCGAGGCACGCAAGAUUGCACACUCACGAUCAUCAAGUGAGAUAGUAUUGUCCCAACACAUGAUCCAUCCCCUCAACACCGACCCCAUCAUCAGCUCUUCAGAUGGCAGUGACAACGAGGACGACGAGCUGCGGAUGAAACCGCCGCUGCUGCGGAAGAAGUCGGGCGAGCUAGUCAAGCCUGCUCUCCGCCCUCCUUCGCGCCGCCGCCCAUCAAGCAUGCCCGGCACCCCGACCUACUCCAAGGCCGUGCACUUCAACGAAGAGAUUGAGCAGGUCCGUCACUUCCUCCAAGUGGAUCGUCCUAUUGCAGUCAGUGCAGGCUCAUCGCCCGUCGAGACCUACGAUAGUGAAAGCGAGUACCCCUUCGCCGAGGACACACGCUCCAAGACUCCGGAGUGGGAUAUCAAACUCAUGAACUUCCCUACCUCCGAGUCCUAUGAGCGUCAGACUUCGCCUGUUCGUGUUGAGCGCAUCUUCCUUGCAUCUGACCAUCAGACACUGGUUGGCAACAUCGCUGUCGCCAAUCUGUCCUUCCACAAGCUUGUCGUGGCUCGCUUCACACUCGACUACUGGAAGACCACAUCGGAAGUAGUUGCCGAGUUCAACCAGGACGUCCGCAAGAAGCAAAAGGAAGAUGGCUACGACCGCUUCAACUUCAACAUCAAGUUGGCUGACCUGGCCAACUUGGAGUCAAAGACUCUACUGUUGUGUGUGCGUUACCAGGUCAAUGGCCAGGAAUACUGGGACAACAACAACUCGAUGAACUACCAAGUCGACUUCUCCAAGAAGGCUAAGCAGCAAAGGAGCAAGCGUCCGACUGCCAGCCUUGGUGCCGUUCCUCGCAGCAGGCACUCACCCCUGGCUCCUCGCCCACGCUCUAUGCCCGCUGCCUCUUUCGAUGAUGACUUUGGCCACGAGUUCGAGACCAAGUUCCAGUUCGGUAGUGGCCGUGCCGUCAUUCCUGAACCACCUAGCACGGCUAUCAAGCUGAAGCCAAGGAGCAAGCGCGGUAGUCUGUACCCAACUCAGGCUCCUCACUCGCAGGUUACCCAGGCUUUCGCUUCACGCUACGACUUUGGUGCUUCGCUCUCCGCUGCUCUUUCCACUGCUCAAACUGCACUGGGUGACAAGAGUGGACUGAGGGUGAACACACAGGACAAGAUGAACAAUGGUUACUUUGAUCGUCCGGCUCCUGCAGUCCAGGCGCCUGCUACUACUGCACCGAUUCCUGGAACACGACCGGACUCUCUGACACUUGAGAAGCCCGAUCUCCAGUCAGCAGAGUACAACGAAUUGAUCCAGAAGUUCUGCUUUUUUGGCACACCUACUGGUAAAUCCUCUCCGAGUGUCACCACACCUGCCACCAAGCCCUUUCACGCAGACGGAGCCACCGAUUACGCAUUCAACACCGGCAGCAAUCAGUCUUCCACAACCAGCAGUCCAGCAUCGCCCGCCAUGCCUCUCAUGGUUGACGGUGCCAACGACUCUGUCACUUACCCACCUUACUCACCUCACUCACCCGGCCCUAUGACCGGCUACUCUGCUGAGGACCACUAUGGAUCUCAGUACCAAUACGGUUACUCUGCGCCAGGUGGCGUCUUCAACGAGCACAGCCAGACACCUCAGGCUUGCGUUUAGGACGUCGCUCCUCUACCUACAAACCACGGGGUUACCUUCCCCGCGUAACGAAUCUCUUUGGACACGAAGUACGCUUACGACCUAACUGAUCGGACGAGUGGAGCGGGCACGCUCACGAAUUCUCUUCACCACGGUACGAACGUCGUUGUGAGCCAGCGAUCAGCGUUCCUCACGACGUCUUACUCGAGACGGUCGUUCUGUCAGCAUAAUCCGCAUGACUUCCUUGCUGCAUUUCCACGUUGGCUUCUUGCAUGUCUUUUUCCAUCGGCGCAUUUUGGGUCUCAUCAUGGUGUUCCUCUACAUUUUUAUCCUUUCCUUAUCUUUUCUCUCACCAGGGACUGGUUGUAAUGCUCAAUGAGCGACUCCACUCUGGGUCUGGCGUUUAUUGACGGUCGCUUCUGACCCGUGGGUUCGUAAAAAGCUUGGUUUGUUCUGCAUUUUGAAGCGUUUUCUUGUUAUCGGGAGGACAGGUUGAUCCAUUCCUCGUAUAUAGGCGGUCCGACGGGCAGAGAAUGCGAGAAUGUUGCCGUUGCAAGUGUCUCCAAAUUGUAUCGACUGUCGUGUGCGUAUCAUCUUGUGUAGUCUUUGUUUGUAUGGGCGGUUUGGACGGGUAUCGGUUUUCGUUGCGGAGAGAGAGAGAGAGAAAGGUAGACGUUCGGAGGACAUGUACCACCCCUAUAUACUAGCAGCAAAUUCGAAGCAUGGCAUAAAACUCA